CCCAUUGUCAAAGUCUUCUCGACGAUUGCACAAUAAUAGAGUAUUUGACAUAACCGAAGAUACUAACGGCGUUCCAUAGUUUAUUAGAAUAUACGGGAUUCUUUAUCUUUAUUACGCCCCAGCUUCGAUUCGGAGGUGAAGUGUUUUAUUAGGAACUAUUGUUUUUGUGUUAGAGAUUACUAUGGCGACACAAAGUGAAGAAAUGGAUCAUGAGACAGCCUUGCGUCUUUUUGAAGAGGGUGGCACUUUGGUAUUUCUCAAUGUCCCUGUUGGAACUGAAUUCGGAAUAGACUACAACAUUUGGAAUGUUGGUGAAAAAUUUAAGGGAGUAAAAAUGAUUCCUCCAGGAAUGCACUUUGUUCAUUAUAGUGCCACUAGCUCCUAUGGAAUUGCUCCACGAACAGGAUUUUUUCAUUACUUUAAAGGAAAAGAGGUUGUAGUGAAGAAAUGGGAUAAAUUGAACGAGGAGAUGAGCAGUGAAGUUGCAAGUUCCGAGGAAGUGGAUAGAAUCCGAAUGGAUUUACGUAAUUUGGAUAAAAAUCUUGCACCAUACCCAUACAGUUCAUUGAAAAAGUGGGUUUCACUUACAAAUUACAUUUCUGAGGAUGUUGCAGCGAAAUUACAACCAGCAAGUGGCUUAAUUGCAUCUGCUUCUCAGCUUGUGUCAGAUGAUCCGACAAGGACUACUAAAGACAGAGCAUCACUCAGGAGCAAACAACAAAAUAUUAAUGAUGCCGGACCAUCUCAGGAAAACCUUCCUAACAUGCAUUGUAAACCAGGGACAGAGAUCAAUUUCAGUUGCAUACCUAAAGAUACUCACCCCCCAAAUGCCACUCCAGAUAAAAUAACCAAAUAUGGUAUGGAUUCCAGCUAUCGCCUUGAGACAUUUGUCUCAUCUAAUUACAAAGGUCAUAUAAAUGGCAUUUUAGCGGAAAUACAGUUUGUUUUCAUAUGUUUUAUUGUUGGACAUGUUUAUGAUGCCUUUGAACAGUGGAAGAAUCUUGUCCAUUUGAUGUGCACAUCAGAGGAAGCCAUGUCCAAUCAAGAACAACUUUUUGAGAAUUUCAUCUCGCUUUUGCACUUCCAAUUGAAGGAGAUUCCAUCAGAUUUUUUUGUAGAUAUUGUGUCGCGUAGUAAUUUCCUCACAAUAACAUUACAGAGGUUAUUUUCUAACAUUGAAGAGGGAUCCAAUAUGUCUACUAUGUUGAAACAGAAAGCCAAAAAGUUUAAAGCAAAUUUAACAAAAAAAUUCAAAUGGGAUUUUGACUUGGAACCAGAUGAUGAGGCACCUGUAGUGGUGGAACUUUAGUAACAAUAAAAAUACAUUUGUAAGAAAAGAUGACAUUGAGCAGUUGUGGUUGGUAAUAUAUGCAUGAAGUUGAGGGAACUGUGCUCCAAAGAGAACAGGUUGGGGGUGGGGGCAGGCGGUCAGAGUUCCCUUACUUUUCCAGGAGGCAUAACUCAUGGAAGCUCGAAUAUUAGAUGUACAGUUAAACUUGCCUAAGCCGACACUGCCUAUGUCAAUCUUAUUUUACAUGCCAGAUUGUUGUGUUUUCCAUUGAUUAACAAUCUGUAAGUAAAAUAAUAUUUCAAUGCCAUUUUGGAUUCGACCAAGUUCAACUAGUAUUAAAUUGCCUCUCUGCAGACGAACUUGCAUCAUAGUACUUAUAGGCUGUGGGCCAACAUCAUUCAUUUUAGUGAUAUUGUGCAUUAUUCAAAGCGUACUACCGGCAACAUAGCACUACAUACAGUACAUCAUUUGUACGUUAUCGCCCUAAACAACACCCUGUGGGAAAGUAUACUCGUCGCUGGCAGCCAACGUGUUAAUACAUACUAAUAGUGGAAUUGCCACUUUUACCUAAUUUUAAAGUGCGAAUGUUGGAAUUUCUGUACAAUAAAAUAAGUAUCCGUAGAGCA